AUGGAGCCAGAAAUCCCAGUAGAAGACAAUGUUGACACAUUCAUCCCAACCCCUCCAGACGGAGGGUGGGGUUGGGUUAUUGUUGGGGCAUCCCUCAUCAGCAACAUUAUUGUUGAUGGGGUUGCUUAUUCAUUUGGAGUAUUUAUGGACGAAUUUGUUAACUAUUUUAAAGCUUCUAAGAGCAAGACUGCUUUAGUGGGCUCUGUACUGGCAGGUACCUACCUCUGUGCAGGGCCAAUUGUAAGUGCCUUUACAAAUAGAUAUGGCUGUCGACCUGUAGCCAUAGUUGGGAGUAUAAUUGGUGCAUUUGCGUUUCUUCUUGCAACCCUCUCCCCCAAUGUGGACAUUUUGAUUGUGUUAUAUGGAGCUGUAGGUGGAUUUGGCCUUGGUCUAAUCUAUCUUCCCUCCAUUGUCAGUGUGGGCUAUUACUUUGAUCGAAGAAGGGCAAUUGCUACUGGGAUUGCAGUGUGUGGUUCCGGAUUUGGGGCAUUUAUUUUUGCACCACUAGGGCACACAAUCUUUCUGAAACGUCAAGAUAGCGAGCAGAAGAGGCCAAAAAAACUUUCCCUGUCUGACCGUGGUGAUACAGUCAGCAAAGCCAGCACACCUUCAGAGCUUCCAAAAAUUGUUGUCCAUGAUCCUGUCACUUCCAAAUCUCCAUCUCCAAACUCAGACACAACAGUAACAAACGAAUCCUCUAAAGUACAACAAGAUACUACUGGCAGCCGAACUACAUCACUGCGAAGACAAGACUCCGAACAAACUAGCUCCCCCAAGUCAGUCACUCGCGCCUCAUCAAAAGCCACAACACCGCAGAAACGACACCAGUCAGAUGAAAUAAGUCCAUCUCCAUCAAUCAGCACCCCAGCAACACCAGUAACGCCUGAGGAAAGUAUUACUGGUGGGGACAAAACUCUUAGCUCAUCUGGUAACUUUAAAAAGGAGAAUUCUUCUUCAAGACCAAUUGUUGGCAGCAUGCCAAAUUGUCUCCCAACAGAAACCAAAGAAUCCAACACCCCUUUGUUAGCCGAAGACAGGAAACAUCUUCUCGUCAAGCAUAACAAGGAUGGAACCAAGGAAUACUGGAAUCGCUCCAGUGAUUUUGCUGUAAGUAAUUUCCGAUCCAACAAGGACCUUAUUGUUCCCAAAGAAGAUUAUGCUCGACCUCUCUACAGGAAGGACAUCUUUUACAGUGGCAAUCCUGCCUUUGGAAUUGUCUGUUUUGCAAACAUCUUGGUGUUCCUUGGAUACUUCAUUCCUUUCGUUUUUCUCAGAGAUAGAGCCACAGAAGAAUUAAACAUCACUCCAGAAAAUGCAGCCUUCUUGCUGUCAAUUAUUGGAAUUACCAACACUAUAGGACGAGUUUUGACUGGUGCAUUAGCAGAUCUUCGUAAAGUUGACAGUUUAAUUAUCAACAACAUAUCGUUGAUUAUCACUGGACUUGCAACUGCUUUGAGUCCACUGUGUAAGAGCUAUGUGACCUUGUGUAUAUAUACAGCAGUAUUUGGUCUCAAUGCUGCUGCUUUCAUUUCAUUAACAUCCAUUAUCAUCUGUGAUCUCCUUGGGCUGGAUAAACUGACCAAUGCUUUUGGGUUGCUCUCACUGGUUCGAGGGAUUUCCACUAUUUUAGGGCCACCUUUGGCAGGUGCAAUAUAUGAUAAAACAAACAGCUAUCAUAUGGCUUUUAUUGUGGGUGGGAUACUCAUCAUUAUUGGUGGCCUUUUGCAUUUCAUACUCUUCAUUCCUCCAAUUGCUAAGAGACGGAAAGAAUUCCAGAAGCAAAUUAUGAUAGACCCACAAGAUUGUAUUAUUGAAGAGACAGUUGAGGAAUUGCCAUAUGAAGAGCAGCAGCAAAUUUAA